AUCCGUUUCGGGCCCGGAGGCUGUGUGCAAUAUAUUUGCGUUACGAGCUGUGUGUGUGCGUGGAGGAAAGGGAAGGAAAGACUCGUAAAGGAGUCGGGGCUGCCCCCGGCCCCCCCAUCUAUGUGACCCUCCCUCACCCCACCACCCCUCUCUCUGGGAGGCUGGAUGGCGAUAGACCGGCGCCGUGAGGCGGGCGGUGGGGGCCGGCCGCUGCCGGAGGAGAACGGCUCGGUGCCGGGAGCCGGGGGGAGCAACGCCGCUACCGCGCCCCCCCCGGGGCCGCCUCCCGCCAACGCCGCCGGGGCCGAGAUCCAGCCGGUGCCGGUGCCGCCGGCCGCCGCCUGCAGCCCUCUUCUCCUCGACUACGAUGGCUCGGUACUGCCCUUCCUUGGGGGGCUGGGCGGUGGGUACCAGCGAACCCUAGUGCUGCUCACCUGGAUGCCGGCCCUUUUCAUCGGCUUCAGCAAGUUCUCGGACUCCUUUCUCUUGGACCAGCCCGAUUUCUGGUGCCUGGAGGCUGACGGGCAGGGUAGCGGUAACUGGAGCGGGUCAUUGGCUCCGGGCCACGCCAACCACAGCGGCAAUGGUAGCUUCUUCCCCCUGCCCGGGUUACCCACCCCCGCGGCGGGCAACGCCAGCGAGUGUGACUGCCAUGAAUGGCACUACCGCAUCCGAGCCGGCCUGGUCCAGAACGUCGUCAGCAAGUGGGACCUUGUUUGUGAUUCUGCCUGGAAAGUCCACAUUGCUAAAUUCUCCCUGCUGGUAGGAUUAAUCUUCGGUCACUUAAUAACAGGAUGUAUAGCUGACUGGGUUGGUCGACGGCCUGUCCUGCUCUUCUCUGUCAUAUUCAUUUUGAUAUUUGGACUGACUGUGGCACUCUCAGUGAAUGUGACCAUGUUCAGCACACUCAGGUUUUUUGAGGGGUUUUGCCUGGCUGGAAUUGUCCUCUCCCUGUAUGCACUGCGGAUAGAGCUCUGUCCUCCUAGCCAUCGGUUCAUGAUCACCAUGGUGGCAAGCUUCAUUGAGAUGGCAGGGCAGUUCCUCAUGCCAGGGCUGGCAGUGCUCUGCAGGGACUGGCAGGUCCUCCAGGCAGUCAUCAUCUGUCCUUUCCUGCUGAUGCUGUUUUACUGGGUUAUUUUCCCAGAGUCCCUUCGGUGGCUGAUGGCUACACAACAGUUUGAGGCGUCCAAGGAGUUGAUCCUUCAGUUGACACACAAGAACAGGAUGAGCACAGAAAGCGACAUUAAAGGAGUGGUGCCGGGGCAUAGGAUGGACGAAUCAGUGCAUAGGAUGGACGAUGCUGUGGGAAUGAAGCUGUUGUCUGUUCCUCAUUUGUUGCAGAAUUUGGAAGAACUGGAAAAGGAGAUCGCAAGGAGACCGAAGAAAGUCUGCAUUGUCAAAGUGGUGGGAACCAGGAACCUGUGGAAGAACAUUGUGGUGCUCUGUGUGAACUCGCUGACAGGUUAUGGCAUACACCACUGCUUUGCAAAGAGCAUGAUGGGGCACGAGGCAAAGAUGGCAAUUACCCACAACUUCUAUGCCGACUACUACACCAUGGCUGGGAUCGCGCUGGCCUCCUGCCUGGCCAUGUGCCCCGUGGUUGGAUUUCUGGGAAGGAGAGGAGGACUCCUGCUUUUCAUGAUCCUCACAGCCCUGGCAUCACUUCUGCAGCUGGGCCUUCUCAACUUGAUUGGAAAAUACAGUCAACUUCCAGACUCAGGUAUGAGUGACAGCGUCAAAGACAAGUUCUCCACUGCCUUUUCCAUCGUGGGUAUGUUUUCAUCGCAUGCCGUGGGAAGCCUCAGCGUGUUCUUCUGUGCCGAAAUCACACCCACAGUCAUCAGGGGAGGUGGCCUGGGGCUGGUCCUGGCCAGUGCAGGCUUUGGACGCCUGACUGCCCCCAUCAUGGAGCUCCACAACCAGAAAGGCUACUUCCUCCACCACGUCAUCUUCGCCUGCUGUACGCUCAUCUGCAUCAUCUGCAUCCUGCUGCUGCCGGAGAGCAAGAACCAGAACCUGCCCGAGAACAUCCCGGACGGGGAACAUUACACCCGGCAGCCCCUGCUGCCGCACCGCAAGGGUGAGCAGCCGCUGCUCCUGACAAACUCUGAGCUCAAGGACUACUCCGGCCUCCACGACUCGGCGGCUGUCAGCGACGGCAUCUCGGAGAACACCACUGCCAACGGCAUGAAGUCCAUGUAACCGGGUGGAGAGUUCACCUUUUCCCUCCUUAGGUUUUUUGGGGGCUGGGUUUGGGAUUGUUUUGGUUCUGUGGGUUGUUUUUUUUUGUUGUUGGGUUGGUUUUAGUUUGUUGUUUUGUUUGUUUUCUCCCCAUCUCCUCCUUCUUUUGUAUUUUAUUUGACGCUGUUGUGCAGGAAGAGCAGCACUUGGGGCAAAGGUGUUUUGCACAGAAUCUACAAACCAGUGACAGAGCAGACCAGACUUGGGGGGAAUUCAACUCUGCUGCUAAAGCAACAUUUGGCAUCUUCAACUGUUGUGCAGAUCACUCUUGGAAAAAAAAAAUGGUGGGGAAAAAGACUCACCUGAGAAAAGACUUAGCUGGAGGUAGCCCUUCAGAACUCUCUUUUUUUUUUUUCCUGCCAUUAAAUAAGUAUAUUUAUUUUGAUUUAUUCUCAAGAAGCACUUUAUUUCCUUUUCCUGUCAUAGAUAACACAAACGAAGCCAUCUGGUUAUAAUUGGUGCAGCCAUUCCAAGAGAGAAACCGUGGGGGGAGGGGAGGGAGUUGUUUUCUGGUUUGGUUUUUUUUGUGUUUCUUUAAAGGAAAAGAGAGAUCCACUGCAAAGUUGAAUUGAUUGAGAUUUCGACUUACAGGACAUUCUUCUGACUGUCUGAGAACGUCCAAGCACCCAGGUUGCCUGCUGUGUUUGUAUACACCAAAAUAAUAAACCAACAUCCAAAAGAAGGGAAAAAAGAAAACCCCACACAAACAACCAAUAAGCAAAACCUGCUGUGACUCAAACUCUGACUGCAUUUUAGGCAGCUUCUCUUUGUAUUUGUAGCCCAGGUGCACUUAACAGUUACUUUCUAAAUUAGUUGGGGUUGUUAUCCAGUGAAGAAAAUCCUGCCCAAACGUGCUGGUUUUUCAGUGAGAACCAGCCUGCUGUGUUUUUAGACUCUAUUCAUCUCUUUUAAACAGUUCUUGCUUGUAAAUGUAGAUGAUGUAAAUGAUUUGACCGAUGAUAUAAAGAUCUGAUGUGCCCAGAAUGGCUUUAAUUACUGGAAGGCCCAAACCCUCAAAUGAACUGCUCCAGGAGAAGAGCAUGGACCAACAAGGACAAAAAGUAAGGAGUAUGGGCUACAAACCUGUACUUUUGUCCCAAGAGGCAGCACAGGUGGGAUUCCUGCUCCUGGGAAGCAAGUGUGCUGGCAUUGCCUUACCUGGGUUUAGAACCAAGGUUUGGAUUUUCAACCAUAGAAUAACAGAAUGAAAAGGGACCUUUAAAGGUCAUCUAGUCCAGUGCCCCUGCAGCGAGCAGGGACACCUUGAGAGCAGGUUACUCAGAGCCCCAUCAAGCCUGACCUUGACUACAGUGUAGGUGGACAAAAUGACCACUGGGAAGGAAUGAAUUGAUAGCCUGUGAAUAAUGAUUUACAGCCUGCUGUUGGCUGUCUUGAGAGAUGUGUUCUUGUUCUCACUUGAGUAUCCAGUGAACUCACUCAUAUUUUCCCCCAGUCCCCAACUGCUCUUGUAGAAUUUUCAUUCAGAACAAACCCCAAAACAAAACAAAAACUAAACCACUUUAGUUAAAUUUGCUUGAUCCUACUCUAGGAUGAGCACAGUGAACAUCCAGUUUGUCUCCUACUGCACAGGUGGCACUUUGAUAGUGGCCACCUGACUCCUCUAGCCCCUAGACCAGCCAUCCCUGCCUGAAUAGGGUGAAGAUCCCAUUCAAUGCAAGGACCUAGUAAACAAAGAGCUUCUUGCAUUGCAGUCACUCUGCCUGCUCUGGCUCCUCUCCUGUCCGGCACAGGACACCCAUUUGUGAUUGCUCCUUAGCGCAGACGCCGAGAUAAACAGGGCAGCAGGAUGUUGAUGUUGUGUUGAGUGUCCAUACGAUUGCCACUUGGUUUGAUGUACAUCUUGUGCUCCCACGCAUGGAAAGCACCCGUUUGCACUUUCCUCCUCUCCCUCCCCUCCCCCUGUCCUCCUUUGCUGUGUAUAUUGUUGAUUAACUACUGUACCUAACAAUUUCCAUCCUCCAUUAGGCUGCCCUCUUAAGUCCCCAGUAAAUUGGAGUAGCAGCCUCAGUCGCCGACAAGGGCAAGGGGACACUUAAACCUGCGGAAGUGGCAGAGAUUGUUGCCUUCAGAGUAACAAUGUUGUCCUAAAGCUGCUAAUUUUCCUACAGAUGUGGACACCCGGGUUCUUCUUGAGCCCCCUGAGAAACACUGGACCAGUUGAUGGUGGUUUUGCCCAAAGUUACACUACUGGGAAUUUUUUUUCUUCACCUUUGCUAGGCUUGCUGGGGCACCAAGAGCCUGACCUUCCUUACACUCCAGUUUUACUGUUGAGAGUGGGCACGGCUGCUUUUCAUCCCAUUCUGUGCUGAGACUCCUGCAGCCUGUGUUCACCUGCAGGAGACAUCCCAGCCCUUACCCCUUUGCGCAGUAUUCACGUGCCAAACUUGUGCAAUACCUUUCGCCUUCAAUGCAAGACGCUUGCUGCAAGCCCCACAGGCUGGAGAUGGGGAGUGAGGUGAGGGGGAAGAAGUCUCACCACAGGAAAAACAACAACAACAACUACAACAAACCCUGAAGAAGCAAACCAAGUCGAAGAGAAGAGAGAAGGGGCCUGAAGGUGGCAAAAGUGGCAGUGCAGAGGCGGAGAGCAGCGUCACACCAUCCAUCCUGCUGCAGGGCCAGCAGUUUCCUCCUGCAUGGGCUCUGCAUCUGGGUGCUCAAGCUGCAGUUCAGCUCUUGUAGCCCAUCCACAGAGCUGCUUCCAGCAUGGUCGGUGGUCCUGGUGUGCUGCCUGCUGUUGUCCACAGUGCUUUAACGUUUCCCAUUCUGGUGGUUGCCCUCUGCUGACAGACAGGCCCAGGGAAGAGAAUGGCUGUUUAAACACAUCAGCGUUCCUACAGGAACCAAGCAAGGUGACAGGAACAUGCAGCAAUUGGUAUUUUUUUUAAUUAAAUCCUUCUGAAAUUGACUUGAUUUGCUGCUUGUUUGGGGUGAGGGGUUUUGGGCUGUCAGCUGGUAGUCGAUACUGAUCUUCUGCAGCUUCUCAUGUUGGUCUGGCCCUCUGCCUCUGUCAUAACACUGAACCACCAACUAAUUUCCUGCCUUGGCAGCUCCAGUUUUGCUCCUUUCCCUGGAAAGGUGAACGCUUCUGUGAUCCCAUUUUUUUUUCUCCACACACACUCCAGAGGGUUGGAAAGCCUUGGCUUAAGCGUAUCUUGUGUGGAGGAGCUGGGUACCAGGUGAUGGAUGCAGCAGGGCACAAAGGAGGUGCUUACUGUGCUCUGCCCAAUCCCAUGGCAGGACAGGGCUCUGCUGGAGUCUCAGUCUGCUCCAACAUCACCUCCUCAGCUGCAUCUCCUCAACAGCACCAGGAAAAGGCUUUUCUCAGGUGGCUCUUUCUGGCCACCACAAAGUCAAAGUUGUCCUGUCUUUUUUGGCCUUGUGAACCUUCAGCAAGCUCUCAGCCCAUCAGAGCAUUUUUCUUUGGGUUUAAAAUUUAAGAGCUUUUUUCCAUCUUUGCAAGUUGAAACAAAAAUGUGAACCUGACACUAUGCUUGAUCUUGGGGAGGGCUUUGUCCCCUUCUUAAGGUGUUUCAGUGAUGCUUUUGUGGCCAAACGCUGCAGGCAGCUAACAACAGUCAGCCUGUUGGCAGGUGGUGUGCAGCCACUCAGAAAAAGCAGUUCUGUGGUUUGCUUUUUAGUUUGUUUUUUUUUUUUCUUCAGCAGACUUCUGUUUGUUUCUUUUUUCCUUUUUUUUUUCCCAUGGAAAUAUUUUGCUGAACUGUUGCCACUUCCUGGAGCUAAACAGUAAAGGUCACUAAAUUGGAAGCAGAAGUGCCAUUAACUGAACUCUGUGAAUGUCAAGUCGAGCCUGUAGCCAGCACAUAAGACAACACUAUGGAAGCAGGGGAGGGUGGAUGAUCUCUCUCCCUCUCACCCUCUUAUUUCUUCCUUUUUGUUUUUUUUUUUCAAAGCAAAAUGACAAACCUCAUUUUAAAUGUGUUGUGUAAAGCGUCUGGGGAAAGGAGUGCAGUGUGUUCUGUCCAGUGGAUGAGACCUCCCUCCCCGUUUCAGUUUCUGAUGAAGUUCUAAAGAAUCGUGUUACUGUAUGUUUCUGACCAUGAAUAAUAGUCUGGUGGUGCUUCCUCAUAGCACAAGCUUAAAUCAAGUACUGAAAACAAGUCUUACAAGCUAAAUGUCUGCAUGAUGUUACAUCUGUUGUACCUACUGAGAAGAACUUUGUAUGUAAAUGUACAGAAUAAAAUGACAUUGUCCCAUC